UGCAGUGUCGCUAGAACGGGCGGAUGUGACGACAUAUUAUGCGCCGGGUGCCCGCGUUGUGUGGAUGGACGUUUGUAGUGCACUUUAGUUUUCAAAUAAACAAAUUGUAAGGGAAACAAGUUGUGCCCGAGAAAUAGGACAAAGGUUACUCUGCUAGUCAAUUUGCUUUUAAAAAGAUGUCGGACGAAGACGAUGCCCCAGUUGUGAAAAGGACCAGGAUCUUCUAUGGAAGUCUUGAAGAAAAGGAGAAGGAACGCCUCAGCCGAGAUGGAACAACUUCUGCUAAAGAUGCGGUUAAGGCUGGCAUCAAGGCUGGACAUAUUAAUAUCUCCAGCGGUGAGUCCAUGGAAAUGGAGGAACGCGUAAGCGAGCGACAGGCUGAAGUAUUGGCAGACUUUGAGCGCAGAAAGCGAGCCAGACAAAUCACCGUCUCCACCGAUGAUGUUGAGGUCAAGGCCUGUCUCCGAGCUCUUGGAGAGCCAAUCACGCUGUUUGGGGAAGGACCUGCGGAUAGACGAGAAAGAUUGCGGACCGUUCUUUCAGUGAUCGGUCCUGACGCUUUGAAGAAAUCAAAGAAAGAAGAGGAGAAAAUAAAGCGCACGCAAGAAGAAUAUCAGCAGACGUGGUACCAUGAAGGUCCUUCCUCUCUGAAGGAGGCGCGUCUGUGGUUGGUGAAGUAUUCAUUGCCCAGAGCAGUGGAGAGGUUAGAUGCCGCAAGAGCCCACAAGGAAAUUCCAGAAUCUACAAGAACAGUACGACAACAAGAGCUUCACAAGAGCCUCCGGAAUGUGAAUAACUUCUGCAGUCAGAUUGGCGAUGACCGUCCAAUAUCCUACUGCCAGUUUAGCCCCAACUCUAAGAUGCUGGUGACUGCAUCUUGGAGUGGUUUGUGUAAAUUGUGGAACGUCCCAGACUGUACACUCGUGCGCACACUAAGGGGUCACAAUACCAAUGUUGGAGCGAUUAGCUUUCACCCUCAAGCCACGCUGACACUGGACGAGUCAGAUGUCAAUAUGGCCUCCUGUGCGGCGGACGGCUCGGUUAAGCUGUGGAGUUUAGACAGUGAUGAGCCUGUAGCAGAUAUUGAAGGACACUCUAUGAGGGUGGCACGGGUAGCCUGGCACCCAUCUGGGCGUUUUUUGGGCACAACUUGCUAUGAUUGCUCAUGGCGAUUGUGGGAUCUUGAAGUUCAAGAAGAAAUUUUGCAUCAGGAAGGUCACAGUAAAGGAGUCCAUGACCUUGACUUUCACCCGGAUGGCUCGCUUGCAGGAACUGGGGGUCUGGACUCAUUUGCUCGUGUCUGGGACCUGCGUACCGGUCGUUGUGUGAUGUUCCUAGAAGGUCAUUUAAAAGAGGUUUAUGGCAUCAGCUUCUCACCAAACGGCUACCAUGUGGCAACAGGAAGUGGAGAUCAUACCUGUAAAGUGUGGGACCUCCGGCAGAGACGUUGUAUAUACACGAUUCCCGCCCAUCAGAAUCUCCUGUCAUCCGUCAAGUUUCAGCCUACGGACGGGCAUUUCUUGCUGACUGGUGCCUAUGACAACACAGCCAAGGUGUGGACUCAUCCAGGCUGGUCUCCUCUGAAGACUCUGGCGGGACAUGAGGGAAAGGUUAUGGGGCUUGACCUUUCACCUGACGGACAACUUAUUGCAACCUGCUCUUAUGACCGAACCUUCAAACUCUGGAUGGCAGAAUAAGAUCAUUCUGUUUUCUCUGUGGGAGUUUGUGUGUUCUAGGGAACAUCAUGAAAGUGCGGUCUUUGUUUUCAGUACUUGGGUAUGUUACUGUUUUUGUUAAAAUCUAUGAUGGUGUAAAUCAUGUGUUCAUUUUUAACUUCACAUUCAGUUUUCUUUUAAUUUUUUGUAGUUUUUUAAGGGCUGUAAAUUGCAGUUUCAAGCAUAUUGUUCAAUUGUCUUUGACAAUUCACUUCAAUUAAAAACUUCAACAAUCAUA